AUGGCCUCUCCACAGAAGAUUCGUACGCCGAUCACCGAUCUUUUCAAGAUCAACCACCCCGUGCUGCUGGCCGGCAUGAACGUCGCCGCCGGCCCUCUGCUGGCUGCUGCCGUCACCAAUGCCGGCGGCCUCGGCGUCAUCGGCGGCGUCAACUACACGCCCGAGAUGCUGCGCGACCAGAUCGACGAGCUGAAGGAGCACCUGACCGACAAGAACGCUCCCUUUGGCGUCGACCUGUUGCUGCCGCAGGUUGGCGGUAAUGCUCGCAAGACCAACUACGACUACACCAAGGGCAAGCUUGACGCGCUCGUCGAUAUCGUCAUUGAGUCCGGUGCCAAGCUCUUCGUCUCUGCCGUCGGCGUCCCACCGCGUCACAUCGUCGACCGUCUGCACAAGCACGGCAUCCUCUACAUGAACAUGAUCGGCCACCCGAAGCAUGUGCCCAAGUGUCUCGAACUCGGCGUCGACAUCAUCUGCGCCCAGGGCGGCGAGGGUGGCGGCCACACCGGCGACAUCCCCACCACCAUUCUCAUCCCCGAAGUCGUCCGCCGCGUCCAGGGCCACAAGUCUCCUCUCACCGGCGGUCCGGUCCUCGUCGUCGCCGCCGGUGGCAUCUACAACGGCCCACUGCUCGCCGCCUCACUCAUGAUGGGUGCUGCCGCCGUCUGGGUCGGCACUCGCUUCAUCCUGACCGACGAGGCUGGCGCGCCCGAGUCCCACAAGGAGGCCGUUCGCACCGCCGGUUUCGACGACACCAUCCGCACCCUCAUCUUCACCGGUCGGCCGCUGCGCGUCCGCAAGAACCCCUACAUCGAGCAUUGGGAGACCGAGCGUCAGGACGAGAUCAAGCAGCUGACCGCCAAGGGAAAGCUGCCCUACGAAGCCGACCUUGACAAGGUCAUGAACGGCGAGAUCGACACUCUACCCACCGACCUCGCCGCCCCCUCGGCCAAGGCUGAGAAGAAGGAUGGCGCCGACGAGGAAGAGCUCGACGUCGACGACCUUAUGGACCAGUUCCGCCCCUUCCUCAUGGGCCAGUGCGCCGCCGUCGUCAACGAGAAGAUGUCGGCCAAGGCCGUCGUCGACGAGUUUGUCAACGACGCUUCCGUCUGCCUCGCACAAGGCUCCAAAUUGGUAGCAAAGCUGUAG